AUGUCUUCCAUCUUUGAGAACGUUGCUGUGAAAGGUCAUCGGAAAAAUUUAGUUCUACGAACCUUGAUCUUACAUUUACUAGAAAAAUACCAAUGGGGAUAUAAAAGAAUUGCUACAAACAUUUGGAAAAAUCAUGAUAUUGAUGGAUUAUCAUACACUGGUUUAUUAUCGUUAUGUAAACGAACUAUAUCACGAGGAACUCUUGAAGACAAGCCAAGAAGUGGAAGAAAGAAAACGGCAAGAUCUGUUGAAAAUAUUGAACAAAUUAACCAAAGACAUUAUCAUCAAGCACGAAAUCCUGGUCAACGAUCUACGGCAAUCCGAUUAGAAAUGUCUUUAGCAAGUGUUAAUCGUGCUAUUAAAACUGAUCUUAAAAUUAAACCAUUUCGAAAAUUUAAAUCAACCAAGUUGACUAAUGAUAACGUCAAAAACCGAAUGAAAAGUGCAAAAAUUUUAUUACGUAAAUAUGGAGGUAGCCCACGAUCCAAGAAAUUCUUAUGGGAUUUUGUUAUUAACUCUGAUUAUUCCGGUAUGAUUGGAUUGACUGCCGUGUAUAAUAUGAAGAAUAACAUCGUGUAUGGUGCCACUCGUGAGUCAAUACCACGUGCACUUUUAGAAGCACCUGUAGAAAAAUUUACGAAAGGUUUUAUUAUGUGGGGGGCAAUUAGUAGUCGUGGUUUAAUACCUGAAGAUGGACCAAUAUUUAUCGAUGAGUUUUUGGAUGGUUAUCAGUGGAACCAUAAACCAAAAAGAACAAUGAACGGCAACAGAUACAUUGAUUUGUUACAAGAACGGAUAAUACCUGCAAUUGAAGAAGUUUAUCCUCAUCGUGAUUAUAUCUUUCAAGACGACUGUGAUUCUAUUCAUCGUGCAAAACAUGUACUUGAUUUUAUUGAUGAAAAUAUGCCUGAUCGAAUAAUGCCGAUGGAUCAAGCAUCAAAACUGGACGAUGUGUGGCCAAUUGAAAAUAUUUGGUCUAUAAUUCGAACGAAGUUAAUGAAAAAAGACUAUCAAAAUUUAUCUCAAGUCAAGACAGAAAUUUUGAACAUAUGGAAGAGUUUCGAUACAAAUGUAUGUUUUCGAAUGAUGUCCAAAUUUACAUCAGAAGAACCAAUAUUAACACGAGCAAUUUUUCCUCCUCCAUUAUAUGAUGAAGAUCAAAAACAUUUUGAAGCAUUUAGUUAUGAAAUUAAUGGUAAAAUGAUCGAAGCUUGA